AUGACUAGGUUUGCAAAUGCCUACUGGUCGCCUGAUUACAGGUCAGGCAUUGAGCUGCUUUCACAACAGCUGCUUGAUUCCUUAGACCAGCUCCAUGAGCUCAGAAAGUUCAUAUUCAAUUACAUGAACUAUCAUCACUCCAAUAGCGGUUAUAUGGCCAAACUAGCCAGGGAGAGUCUCCCGCUUGAUAGUUCUUUUCGUUCUGAAAGGAAUGAGAGACGUAUUAUAAGUGGUUCACAGAGAUCAACCUCAGAGCUGAAGCCAAAAGAAUUCGAUGUGAGGCAUGUUUUCAAGGAGUUCGUUGAUCGAACGGCUUUAGAGCUGCAAAUGCAGCUCAAUUUGGCAUCAGAGAUUGAGUCAGAGGUGCUUGGAAAGAUUACUGGAUUCAUUAAACUACAUGAGCCUCAGAUCAAAACAACACUUGAUCGUUUCGAUGAACUCCUAGAUGACUAUGAUGAUUCACGACAAAAGAUGGAACGAACAAAGCGCAAAUACGACGAAUUGGUAAGACUAGGUGAACUUGAAGGUCAUGACCACAGAAUUGAGCAUGAUCCCGAUGAGUCCUACGGAACACUUCCAGGAACCCCAGAAAAGCCAAAGCAUGUGUAUGAGUCGGAGGAGGAAGGUGAGAGAGAAGAUGGACUCAAGUUUGAGUCCAAAGAUAAGUUGCAAUCAUUCUUGGCGAAAGCCAUUGCCACCAUCACGACAGUCAAGCGCAAGAUCCCAUUUCCUGGUUACAGAAACGAGAUUUUCAGCAGUGACCAAUUGUGUAAUUACCUCAAGACCCACAGACCGCAUGGAUUCAACCCAACCAGAUCAAGUCUAGAAAAACUAGGGCAGAGCUUGAUUGAUAAGAAGAUCAUUCUAGGGAGUGGCUUGUUCUCACAGAAGUUUAAGAGUGAAGGCAUGUGGUUUGAAUGGUCACAAGAAGCUGUGAAUACUGCUGAAUCUAGAGGAUAUGUUUCAUCGUCUUCUUCCACCGUCACACUGCCUACUGCUCAAGCCUUUUCUCAUCUAGGCAUAGAAGAAUCCUCAAGAAAAGUCAAUGAGGUAGCGGGCUCAACCUCGAAGCGUUUCAAUAUGAUGUUCAAAAAUGUCAAGUCUUCACUCAUGAAACCAAAAUACUCAGAAGAAGCUAUCCAUGAGCUUGAGGAAGAAUACAACGAGGCAUAUGAGGAUGUCCAAAAAAUCAAACAUCUUCUCGAUAUGGAGAUUUUCAACAAAUCACAGAUUUUUGAAAAGUUUGAAAUGGUGAGAAUAGAAGUUGUCUAUCAAAGUCUUACGAAACUUCUGGAGGUGCUUUACAGACAUUCUUCUCAGGCAACCUCCUCACUCCACGACUUCACGUCAAAUUUUAUUGAGAACCUCAACAAGCCAGUCAAUUACGAAAGAGAUCUUCGUGAUCUUCUCCACAACAACAGCACUGGAAUCUACUUCCCUGCGAUCGUGCUGCCUCACCAGGGCAAGGAGCAUUUCGAUCCCAGUCUACUCAACAUCAGCUUUCAAAAUAUCAAAUUCACCUUCAACUUAUACAAAGACAUACCGCUUCAGGUGAAGAACGCUGAUGUGGAAAAGGACACUCUCUUGAGCACCCGCUCACUUCCACUACUUCUCAAGAGUUUAGUCGAGGCUACAUUGUUGGCUGAAAAAUCGGAAAUGCAAGACUUAUGGCUAGCCCCGAUAGAUCACCAAGAGUACUGGCUGUUGAAGCACGAGGCUAUAGAACUCAUUCAAAAGUUCGAGCCAACUGAUGAUCUUAAUAUCCAAGAUGAAAAGGCAGUUGAAGUUGCAAUUGUACAGAAAGUGGUGAAACAUCUUUCGAAGUCUAAAACGAAGCGGAUCUUGAAUUUCUUGAAGAAUUGGCUUCUAGAGACCAGCGACUCUGUGAUUCCUUGCACAGUGUACGACUCAUUGCUCAACUCACAGAAGGAUUCCGAAGACAACAUUACAGAUGUUAUAAAAACCUUAUCAUCAAUCCCAAGGAGUAAUCUCUGCUCUUUGCUUUUCAUACUAGAGAGCAUUUCAUUCAUUUUCGAACUCCAGACCAUUGAUGAAUACGGCCUGAGUGAUGAUAUAACUGAGUCGGAACGGGAGGACGAGGACUUGAUGCCACAAGUCGAGAAACUAAAUUCCAUGGACAGCAUAGGAUCGGUACCCUUCCUUCACCUCAUUUUCCGCCCCUCAGUUGUCAAGAACGCAAGUGGCUUCAAACCACCCCAGAAGGCCUACAAUGCCCUUCUACGCACCUUGCUCAAUGUUAACGUCAGGGAGAAGCUCUGCAUUGCCCUAAUAACCAACGAGAAAAACUUUUUGGAACGAACCAAACGUCAAGAGCAGAAUCUUGGGAUAAAUAGGCGGAUUGUCUCCAGUGAGACUACUACUACUACUACUACGCCCGAUGUUCCGAAAAUCGAAAAAGAUACCACCCAUCUGGAUAAGGCUGUUUCGUCUCCAGUACCAAAGAACCCUAAUCAACUUUCGGGGGACCAAUUUUCGCUUAGGCCGUUCAGGACUGGAACCACACCACAAAGCGACAGAGCGACCAAGGAACAGAAGUGA